GUCCAGCAUAACUGCUCCUCCUUCACCUUCGUCGAGCUCACAAGCGGCGGCAAGAAAUGGCAGCUUCAGCAUUCAAGGUUUCUCUGCUUUACGUUAGCCUUCUACACCUUGGAUUCGUAUGAAAUGGGCGCAAAUUUUUAAGUUAGGAUGUUUAGCGUUUGAAACCGGGCUGAAGAGCAAGGAAUUUCUGAUCAAGUCAGCUUGUUUGUGAAUUGGGAUCAGUAGAAAUGGCAUGGUUCAGAGCUGUUUCUAGUGCAGCGAAGUUAGCUGCUGUUAGGAGAAAUCUGGUUCGAGCGAGGUCUUAUGCGAAGAGGGCACUGUUGCUUCCAUUACAGAACCGAUAUUUUCACUCUACGUUCUAUAAAUCGAAGGCGCAAGGUGCGCCAGUUCCUCGGCCGGUGCCCCUCUCGAGGUUGACCGAUAGCUUCCUUGAUGGCACGAGUAGCGUCUACAUAGAAGAGCUGCAGAGGGCUUGGGAGGCUGAUCCCGAUAGCGUGGAUGAGUCAUGGGACAGUUUCUUUAGAAACUUUGUUGGACAGGCCGCCACAUCGCCUGGAAUCUCAGGCCAAACGAUUCAGGAGAGUAUGCGCUUGUUGAAGCUCGUUAGAGCUUACCAGGUUAAUGGCCACAACAAAGCUCAGUUGGAUCCUUUGGAGUUGGAGGAACGUGAAAUUCCAGAUGAUUUGGACCCUGCUUUUUAUGGGUUCACGGAAGCUGAUCUUGAUAGGGAAUUCUUCCUUGGGGUGUGGAGUAUGGCUGGUUUCUUGUCUGAAAAUCGUCCUGUACAAACUCUGCGAACCAUACUAAUGCGACUUGAACAGGCUUACUGUGGGAGCAUUGGCUAUGAGUACAUGCAUAUUCCUGAUCGUGAAAAGUGUAAUUGGUUGAGAGACAAGAUUGAGACACCGACCCCAAGGCAAUACAACCAGCAGCGCCGAGUAGUAAUUCUUGAUAGGCUCAUAUGGGGCACUCAUUUUGAGAACUUCUUGGCCACAAAGUGGACAGCUGCAAAGAGAUUUGGCCUUGAAGGUGGAGAAACUUUGAUUCCUGGUAUGAAAGAGAUGUUUGAUCGAGCAGCCGAUCUUGGGGUUGAGACCAUUGUCAUCGGAAUGUCACAUAGAGGAAGAUUGAAUGUACUGGGAAACGUGGUUCGGAAGCCACUUGCUCAGAUUUUCAGUGAGUUCAGUGGUGGUACCAAGCCAGUUGAUGAAAUUGGUCUAUACACAGGAACUGGUGAUGUCAAGUACCACUUGGGUACUUCUUAUGAUCGAGCAACCAGGGGCGGGAAGAGAAUUCACCUGUCUUUGGUUGCUAAUCCCAGUCAUUUGGAAGCUGUAGAUCCAGUUGUGGUGGGGAAAACUCGUGGGAAACAAUAUUACUCUAAUGAUGUAGAAAGGACAAAGAAUCUUGGGGUGUUAAUCCAUGGAGAUGGAAGCUUUGCAGGGCAGGGUGUUGUUUAUGAGACUCUGCAUCUUAGUGCUCUUCCAAAUUACAAAACUGGUGGGACCAUCCACAUUGUGGUGAACAACCAAGUGGCUUUCACAACUGAUCCAAGAUCUGGUAGAUCUUCAAAAUAUUGCACCGAUGUGGCUAAAGCCUUGAAUGCCCCUAUUUUCCAUGUAAAUGGCGAUGAUGUGGAAGCAGUUGUUCAUGCUUGUGAGCUUGCAGCAGAGUGGCGCCAGAAAUUCCACUCUGAUGUGGUAGUUGAUAUAAUAUGCUACCGUCGAUUUGGACAUAAUGAGAUUGACGAACCUUCUUUUACGCAACCUAAAAUGUAUAAAGUCAUUCGAAACCAUCCAUCUGCUUUAGAGAUUUACCAGAAGAAACUCCUAGAGUCUGGGCAAAUCAAUCAAGAAGACGUUAACAGGAUACACAACAAGGUUAAUUCCAUUCUUAAUGAAGAAUUUGUGAGCAGCAAAGAUUACGUCCCCAAAAGAAGGGAUUGGCUUUCAGCUUAUUGGUCCGGGUUUAAAUCACCUGAACAGCUUUCACGUGUCCGAAACACUGGGGUUAAACCUGAGAUAUUGAAGAAUGUUGGCAAGGCAAUCUGUACUAUUCCUGAAAAUUUCAAGGCUCACAGAGCUGUAAAGAAGAUUUUUGAGCAGCGUGCUCAGAUGAUUGAAACAGGGGAAGGUAUUGACUGGGCACUUGGGGAAGCACUUGCUUUUGCUACAUUGCUGGUUGAAGGUAACCAUGUUAGGUUGAGCGGUCAGGAUGUUGAAAGAGGCACAUUUAGUCAUCGACAUGCAAUAAUUCAUGAUCAAGAAAAUUGGGAGAAGUACUGCCCUUUGGGCCAUGUUCUAAUUAAUCAAAAUGAGGAGAUGUUUACUGUCAGCAACAGUUCUCUUUCAGAGUUUGCUGUCCUUGGAUUCGAGAUGGGUUAUUCAAUGGAAAAUCCAAAUUCCUUGGUACUCUGGGAAGCUCAAUUUGGUGAUUUUGCAAAUGGUGCUCAAGUGAUAUUUGAUCAGUUCUUGAGCAGUGGGGAAUCAAAGUGGCUACGUCAAGCUGGACUUGUUGUGCUGCUUCCUCAUGGGUAUGAUGGUCAGGGCCCUGAACAUUCAAGUGCGCGAUUGGAGCGGUUCCUUCAGAUGAGCGAUGAUAAUCCCUAUGUUAUACCUGAGAUGGAUCAAACUCUUAGGAGGCAGAUCCAAGAAUGCAAUUGGCAGGUUGUCAAUGUUACAACCCCUGCUAAUUAUUUCCAUGUUUUACGGCGUCAGAUACACAGGGAUUUUCGGAAGCCACUAAUUGUAAUGUCUCCUAAAAACCUGCUACGCCACAAGGAUUGUAAAUCAAAUCUAUCUGAGUUUGAUGACGUCGAAGGUCACCCAGGUUUUGACAAGCAAGGGACCUGUUUCAAACGCCUUAUAAAGGAUCACAAUUUUCGCUCUGAUCUUGAGGAAGGCAUCAGACGCCUGGUUCUCUGCUCUGGAAAAGUAUAUUAUGAGCUUGACGAGGAGCGAAAGAAAGUUAACGGCAAUGAUGUUGCAAUAUGCAGGAUAGAACAACUUUGCCCUUUCCCUUAUGAUCUUAUCCAACGAGAGCUGAGGAGAUAUCCAAAUGCAGAGGUUGUAUGGUGUCAGGAAGAGCCCAUGAAUAUGGGUGCGUACAAUUACAUAGCACCUCGCCUUUGUACCGCCAUGAGGACACUGGGGAGAGGUGGUAUGGAGGACAUCAAGUAUGUUGGUCGUGCUCCAUCUGCAGCCACAGCUACUGGUUUCUACCAAGUUCAUGUCAAAGAACAGACUGAACUUGUACAAAAAGCAAUGCAGCCUGAGCCAAUCAAAUAUCCAUACUGAAGAGAACUUUCAAAAGUUUCUGCAAGGCAACAAAAAAGAAAAUAAUGAGAUUCAUGGAAGGACUAUCUGAGAAACUUUGAUCCCAAUAUAAACUCCAUGUGUGCGAUAUCUGAGAAACAUUUUUUUCUUCUUCUUUGUCACUUUUCUGGUUUCCAAUAUCGUGGCACUAUCAGUGGAUUUUGGAUAGUUACGAGAUUUGCACAAGAUGAUUUGUGCAUUUUGAAUUUUUCAGUUUUCCUCAGCUGCGGAAAAUGAGGUGUUCAUGUGCACAUAUUGACUCGUAUCUGCUCUUUCAUUGUAUCUUUUAGGUGGACCGAGGUCAUAAAUUAUGAUGUCACCACCAGUUACUUCACUUUACACGCAUUACUGAACAUGGUCACCGACUGCAGUCACUAUUUGUUUGUAAUAUGUCUUCUUUCUUGUAGUUUGUUCCUUCUUGGUUCCGAAGAGGAUAGCCCCGCCCAUUCAUUGCUGGAAUGUUUCAAAUUGAACAAUUAGCAUAUUGGAAUCUAAGCCAUGGCAUCUCACCUGUUGAUC